CUAUUUUUUCAACUUCUCUGCAAAAUUAUUUUUCCAUCUUCUUUUGGGACUUCUCCAUUUUCAACCCGAUUCGUCGCUGAUCCGGAGGAGCUCUCACAUCGAUCACCGAAGCCAUCUUUUCAGAUCAACUCGCCACGGGAGGCCAAGAAAGAAAAGGGGUUUAAUCUAAAUGGCAGCUAUUUACAGCCUUUACAUCAUCAAUAAAUCAGGAGGGCUUAUUUUCUACAAGGAUUAUGGUUCUGCUGGAAGAAUGGACACAAAUGAUAGUUUGAGAUUGGCUAGUCUUUGGCAUUCUAUGCACGCUAUCUCUCAGCAGUUGUCCCCAGUUAAUGGUUGCGCCGGGAUCGAACUCCUUCAAGCUGAUAACUUUGACCUCCAUUGCUUCCAAUCUCUUACUGGAACAAAAUUUUUUGUGGUCUGUGAACCUGGAAGUCCGCAUAUGGAAUCUCUGUUGAAGUAUAUCUACGAAUUAUACACUGAUUACGUCUUGAAGAAUCCUUUCUAUGAAAUGGAAAUGCCAAUACGGUGUGAGCUCUUUGACAUAAAUUUGUCACAGGCAGUUCAGAAAGAUCGUGUUGCCUUACUGGGGAGAUGAGCUUCUCAAACUCAUAUGCCGCAAAUUGUUGGUUGGUCUAUACUCUGGUAAAUUCUGCUGGAACAGGUUGCAUUAGGACAUAUGCAAUGUGUGUUUCUUUGUUGUUUCGGGAUAAUGGCCUUCUAAUUUGUUAUGCAAGGUUGUCAUUGCUGAUGCUCUUUAGUGUCAUUGAAUUACACGCUCUGCCUGAUCUCUCAAGAAAUGGUAAUGGGGCAGAUAUGGCAAGCAGCAGGUGUUGCCUUAAAAAUUCAAGACAUUGACCAUAUUAACAUUAAACGACUAUCUCCAUAGAAAAGCACUGAUCAUUUUUCAAGGGGGAAAAUCAACUGAUAAUUCAUUAAAACUUUUCAAGGUGUUAGCUUCUCUGUUUCUUAGUAGUUCUCAUUCAGCCAUCUAUGUCUUCAUGUUAGUGCUGGCCGAACCUCAGGUAAACUGGAAGAUUAGAAGAAUUCCAAAGUAAAUGCAGGCGCCUUCCUAACAUUUGAAUGUCUUGGGAUUGGAUUUGGGUGCCAUUAUAGAGAAAUUUGAGGAGAAAAUCAUCCAUUAUAAGGGACUUGAGAAGACAGGUAAGGCAAAUCACUGAAUACUUUCCAGCUCUGGUGCAGGUUCACCACUUUUGACCAAAUGCCUGAACUAUUUUAUCUGCUCUUAUGGUUCUCGCAUGAACACCGAAUGUGAUUAACUUUUUUUUUUGAAACCUUCAAUCCUUCCCCCAUUGUUAUCAAUAUCAAGAGGCGUUAUUUCAGCUUGUA